AAUAAACAUUAAAUAAAAGAAGUUUAAAAUUAAAAAAAAAUGAUCAGAGACAGACACAAAGGUGUUUAUGGCAGCACUAAAUUAGAUGCAAUCUUCGUAUCCUGCCCGUCAAGAUACAAUGGCGAACUAUGGUCCAUCCGCUUGGUAAAUUUUUACGAAUCAUUUGAAAAUGGUAUAUGAGCUCGGAUGAUAUGAGAAACGCUCCUCACACGGUGUCGGGUGGAAACACGGGGCCCGCGGCCGUCGGUACGUAUCUUUCGACUGAUUUAUCUGUCUCUCUCUCUCUCUCCCACUUUUUAGAAUCCUUAUACCAUUUUAGAAAAAACAUGGGAAGAAGGAGCCACGUUCAAUGUUUACGGCGAUUUUCUCCGGGAGAAGGGGGAUUCGGGGUGGUUUUGACCCCCUUCCCGUUUCUGUGCUGGCUUCGCGCUGUGUUUUAUGCUCGCACACGUGGCUGAGGUGGUGGCCCCGCCGGAGGCGAGAUUUGGCGUCUGUGGUGGGUGGAGGCUCCCCGGGACCCUUGAGACGCUGCGGAGCUGGUUCCUACGAGGCUCAGACUGGCCCCUGGUGCACGGAGAGCCUCCGCCUGCUCACGCCUGUGCCGGAGGUGGACGCGGACCAGGAAUCAGGACCCCGAGGCCGCCCCUUCUCUCUCUGCACCUGGGCCCCCGGCGCAGAUGAGCAAACGGGCCCAGAGAGGGCGAGCAACCUUCCUGAGGCCACACAGCAUUCGAGCACCCGGACUCAGGAGUCUGUCCCCUCCGUCACCACACGGAGACCGGGACAACCACAGGGGGCUGGGGACACGCGCCCACACGGCAGGGACGGAGCCUGGACUGUCUCUGUCCCCAGCGUGAGCACCGUCCUGCCCACCGGAGAGAGACGGCAGGGUCACGGCAGAGACGACAACAGACCGUCGCUUCCGACGAGGACUUCAGUGAAAUUCUCGGCAGGCUCUGGACGUGCUGCGUCUGUCUCCCUGGGUAACUUCCGGAUGCUAUCACGCCACACGCCCGUUUAUUUCGCCGGGCUCCGUCUCUCCCCGGCCCCCCAAGGAGGUGCUGCUGCUCGGAUACAAGCGGUCCCUCCCUCCCGUUCUCGCGCCUCCCCCAGAAGCCGCUUCCUCCCAGGCGACAGAAGAACAUCCUGCCGACGGGCUGUCUGCUGA